UCUCCACUCCUCGCCAUGAGGUGUUUUUGCCGGUAGUAGUUCGGCGGGGAUGUGAACCGGAGCUGGUUAUGGCUGUGGUUAGGUGUGUAUGUUCAUGAAGCGUUCGGUUAAAUCGUUACACUGGAAUUGGAGAGUGUAAAGAAAGAGACAUGGCCGGUGUGUUUGAUAUCGACUUGGAUCAACCCGACGACAGCGUGUCGGAUGAGGAACUCGUUGACGGGGCCCAGAUUAAUGAUUUCAUGGACCAAUGCAGUGGCUUUGACUUCAUGGAAGAUUGUGAGAAGUUUGAGAUCUCGGAGGAUAUUGUGAAUCAAGGCACAGAGCAGAUUCGUCCAGAUUGCUUCGAGUUACUCCGUGUUUUGGGUAAAGGAGGCUAUGGAAAAGUUUUUCAAGUUCGCAAGGUUACCGGGUCAACUCCUGGAAAGAUAUUUGCCAUGAAGGUGUUGAAAAAGGCCACGAUCAUGCGCAAUGCUAAGGACACAGCUCACACUAAAGCAGAGAGGAGCAUCCUGGAGGAAGUUAAGCACCCCUUUAUUGUGGACCUCAUGUAUGCCUUCCAGACGGGAGGCAAACUUUACCUCAUUCUCGAGUACCUUAGUGGUGGAGAGCUGUUCACACAGCUGGAGAGAGAGGGGAUCUUUAUGGAGGACACAGCCUGCUUUUAUCUGGCAGAGAUUUCCAUGGCUCUGGGUCACCUUCAUCAGAAGGGUAUCAUCUACAGAGAUUUGAAGCCAGAGAACAUCAUGCUCAAUAACAACGGUCAUGUGAAGUUGACAGACUUCGGACUCUGCAAGGAGUCGAUCUAUGAUGGCUCCGUCACACACACCUUCUGUGGAACCAUAGAAUACAUGGCACCAGAGAUCCUCAUGAGAAGUGGCCACAACAGAGCUGUGGACUGGUGGAGUCUGGGGGCCCUGAUGUAUGACAUGUUAACAGGAGCUCCACCUUUCACUGCUGAGAACCGCAAAAAGACCAUCGAUAAAAUCCUGAGGUGUAAGCUGAACUUUCCACCCUACCUCACUCAAGAAGCACGGGACCUUCUCAAAAAGCUGCUAAAAAGAAACGCAGGUGUGAGGUUGGGAGCAGGCCCGGGAGAUGCUGUAGAUAUCCAGGCUCACUCCUUCUUCAGACAUGUAAACUGGGAUGAUCUGCUGGCUUUUAAAGUUGAGCCUCCCUUCAAGCCUUUUUUGCAAUCAGCUGAUGAUGUUAGCCAGUUUGACACAAAAUUCACUAGUCAGACUCCCGUGGACAGUCCAGAUGACUCGACACUCAGCGAAAGUGCCAGCCAAGUCUUCCUGGGCUUUACAUACGUAGCCCCAUCUGUGCUCGAAAACAUUAAGGACAAGCUCACUUUUGAGCCAAAAUCCCGCUCGCCUCGCAAGCUUCUGGGAAGCCCAAGAACUCCAGUGAGCCCUGUGAAGGAUGGUUGGUCUCGUGGUCCACGCUUUCCAGAAAUGACCACAAACACCUCCACCUCAUCUGUCGUACCCCCUGCUAAUAUGCCCAUGCAGGUGUCCCGAGUGGAACACAUGGACAACAGCAGCAUGGAGGUCUCCGCUCCUCUUCCCAUCAAAAAGCCAUCGAAGUCCAACACAGGGUCCUACAUGAAACAGUCUAAACCAGUGCUCUCCAAGAGACCCAAGAAUUUGAAAGUAAAACUAUGAUGAACAACUCUGUUUGGUCUGAUUUUUUGUUUGUUUUUUUUAGUUUUGCACUUAAGGAAUUUAUCAAAUUACUCUGAAGGCCUUUUUGCUCCCAGUUUUUGAGCACCCGUCACUUGAAUUCUGCAUAUGAGCACGGAGAGUCUGACGACAAAGAACCCAUUGACCUAUAUAAGGAUCUCUCUCUCCACAUGCAUUUGAGUGAGUUGGUACAAAUGCUUCUUGUGUAUGAGAACACCUUGCACUUUAGACGACUCUGAGCAUGAAUUUCACCAUCUUUUUAUAUCCUCGGGUCAGUGUUUGAAGUUUGUUUAGACAUGAAGUUACUCUUUUAAAUUCUUGCAGGUGUCUCAUGUAGAUUAAAGAGAAACUGCUUUAGAAGAGACACUGAGGUUGACACUUGUUACUUUGUUUUGCUUGAUUGUAAUCUCUACUGUAUGCUGUUGGGGAUGGCUCUUAUUUUCAUAGUCAAUAACAGGAUUUGAGGUGGUGAGAGAGGUCUACAAUCCAGUGGACACGUCAUGUUUUGCUAAACGCUGACUUACAAUUUAUUAAUAGUGGUUAGGACUCUAAAAAUCACAGAUUUAGUUCAAAGACGAGAGGUAAUCUUAAGAUAACCAACCUAUAAGGAAAACUUCAAACUUAAAAAUAUAUUCUAUUCAUGCAUUGUUUUGAUUUUGCAAUUCAAAGAGACUUUUUGAUUUGGUCUUUAAAGCUUUUUCUUUUGAGACUGUUGGAUGGUGCCAAGACAUCCGUCCCUUGUUUUCUGUUUUGUGUUUUUGUUUGUUUUGUCUUGAGAAAGUUGGAUGAUGCUAAGACAUCCGUCCCUUUUUAUUUUGUUUGUUUGUUUGUUUGUUUUUUAAUAAUCUGGAUGAUGCCAAGACGUCCACCCUUGUUUUCUGUUCUUUUUUUUUGGUGUUUUGUUUUUGUUUUGAGAGCUGGAUGAUGCUAAAACAAGCGUCCCUUAUUUUCUGUUUUGUUUUGGAGUACAUUUCAAAUUCAUAAAUACAGAAAUUUCUGCAUUCUGGGUAUCUAAACACUGAAGUUCUUUUGGACAGUAACAAACUAUUUUAUCCAUCUUAUUUGUUUGCUUUCAGAAUGCAGACAUUAUUUUUACAAAAAAUAUUAAAAAUACAAAAUUACUAGAUAAAACACUAUAAAUCCUCUUAAUCAAAUGUACAAUUAGUUCUAAGCCACAAUCAUAAAGACUAAUGCUACUAAUAUUAAUACUUUAAGACUAUUGGUGAAGUUAUACAGAAUGUUUUUGAAAUUGUAUUUAAUUAUAAAAACAAAUUUUGUCACUUCCUCAUGUAUAAUUUAUUUUUUAUCCUCCCACCCCCCAAAUGAUUGUUUUCAUUUUUAUUUUUUAAAUCUUUUUUUUUUAUUUUUUUUUUUAGAUGUUAUGUUUUGUCCACUUUUGUAAACUAUGCAAAGUUAUUUAUCCUUUAUAAUCAAGAAUGCUGAAUUAAGCUAGAUGAUUUAUAUGAAAAUGUUUAUUUUUCUGUGUGGUUUUAAGUUUAAGCUGGUAUAUCAUUUUCUUAAUAAUGGUGUUUGAAUCAAAAUAAUUUACAGUGUUCUUCAGGAUUUUGAAUUAGUUGUUUUUUUUAUCAUUUAGUUUCAGGUUAUGAAAAACAUAUAUAUAUAUAUAUAUACAUAUAUCUUUAAGAUACUAGAGUCGGAAGUAAAACUAAUAUUGUUCUAUUGACUCUAGUUAAUUAAGCUUGGGUGAUUCUAAAAUAGCAGAGUGCAAGACAAAUCUUUAGAUGAAUCCACAAUGAUGAAAGUGUAAUAAAGUGGUAAAUCCUUUAAAAAUCAGUAUUUAAUCCUUUGCUGUACAUAACUCCUCAUGACUGUUGGUGCUGUUUUUCCUUGUUUUAUACUUCUUGUAGUUACAGUUAGUGUCAUGUUUAUCAAUAAUUACCAUUCUGUGACACAUUGUACUGGACAACACUAAAUCUGCAUCUUGUUUUAAAGUUCUGGUAUAUUUAAAAAAAAAAAAAAAAAAAGGAAA